UACCGCCACGAUGUCUUGGCUCGGCGUCGCUCCCUUCAAGAAGUUCCCGACGCCAGUGUUGCGUCCCAUGGCUCCCUUUCUGGCUGCCGCCGCCGUGAUAUUCUACGGCGUCAACUCGGCCCAGAACGCCAUGAUGAACUCCGACGAGUUCAAGAACGACCCCCGCAAUCCCAACGUGAAGGCCGCGCACUAGACGGAGAACGUUGGGUGGCGACGCCGUGGA